UGACUUCAAAAAGCGAAGAGACCAAGAUGAGUCACAAGGGAGGCCAUGGAAGCAAGUCGAUUGAUCUGCAGCUGUUCGAGGUGAAUGCCAAGGCCGUCGUGCGCGACUACUACGUGGAGCCCCGCAUCGAUUACCGCACGAUCUCUGGGGUGAACGGGCCGCUGGUCAUCCUGGAAAACGUCAAGUUGCCAAAGUUCGCCGAAAUCGUCAACUUGACGCUGUCCACGGGCGAAGUGCGACAAGGGCAAGUGCUCGAAGUGCAAGGGAGCAAGGCCGUGGUGCAAGUGUUUGAAGGCACGGACGGGAUUGACAACCGACACACGCAUUGCGAGUUCACGGGCGACGUGUUGAAGAUGCCCAUCUCGGAAGAAAUGUUGGGGCGUGCGUUCAACGGGUCCGGGAAGGCCAUCGAUGGCGGCCCGCCUGUCGUCGCCGAGGACUACUUGGACAUCCAAGGUCAACCCAUCAACCCGUCGUGCCGCGACUACCCCAAGGAGAUGAUCCAAACGGGCAUUUCCGCCAUCGACGUCAUGAACUCGAUCGCCCGUGGCCAAAAGAUCCCGCUGUUUUCGGCCGCGGGGUUGCCGCACAACGAGAUCGCGGCGCAAAUCUGCCGCCAAGCCGGCCUUGUCCAGCGCAAGGACGUGAUGGACUCGCAUCAAGACAACUUUGCCAUCGUGUUUGGGGCCAUGGGGGUCAAUAUGGAAACCGCGCGCUUCUUCCGCAAUGAUUUCGAAGAGAGUGGAUGCAUGCAAAACACGGCUCUGUUUAUGAACUUGGCCAAUGAUCCUACGAUUGAGCGCAUUAUCACGCCGCGGUUGGCGCUUACGACCGCGGAAUACCUCGCAUAUGAGCGCGACCUGCAUGUGUUGGUGAUCCUCACGGACAUGAGCUCGUACGCCGAUGCGCUGCGCGAAGUGUCGGCCGCCCGCGAAGAAGUGCCGGGGCGGCGCGGGUACCCUGGGUACAUGUACACGGAUUUGUCGACCAUUUACGAACGGGCGGGGCGUGUCAUGGGUCGCAACGGGUCGAUCACGCAAUUGCCGAUUUUGACCAUGCCCAACGACGACAUUACGCAUCCGAUUCCGGAUUUGACGGGGUACAUUACCGAAGGCCAGAUUUACGUGGAUCGGCAACUGCACAACCGCCAGAUCUUCCCUCCCAUCAACGUGUUGCCGUCGUUAUCUCGCCUCAUGAAGAGCGCCAUCGGCGACGGUAUGACCCGCGACGACCACUCGGCCGUGUCGAACCAGUUGUAUGCGAGUUAUGCCACGGGCAAAGACGUGCAAGCGAUGAAGGCGGUGGUGGGCGAAGAAGCUCUGUCUAUGGAGGACCAUCUGUACCUCAAGUUUACAGACAAGUUUGAAGCCAAAUUUAUCGCACAAGGGCCGUACCAGUCGCGCGAUAUUUUUGAGUCGCUCGACCUGGCGUGGUCUCUCUUUCGCGCGUUCCCCAAGGAACUGCUCAAGAAAAUCCCCAAGAAGCAUCUCGACACGUUCUACGCGCGCCGCACCCAAGUGCGCGAAGACUUUCACCAAGAAGAAACUUCGUCGUCUUCAACCCCAUAAAAACGAGAGAGAUAGGGACGACUAAUCGACUUUUGCCCAACAUUUGGGGGAAUUUGGGGCAGAUUUGCUAAAUCGAGCACAGACUCGAUUUUGUUGACUUACAGAUCGUCGAG